CCUAGGCCCUUGAUCGGAUGGUCUGCGGGUCCUCGACGUUAGAAGUGGCUCAAGCACUGUAAUUGUUAUGGCCUGAUUGUUGUGUUGCUAUGGUCACUCAGGGGUCUCCAGUCCAGACCAUCAGUCCAGGAUAAACCGUAAUUGGGGUAGGAGGCCGUCAGGUCGUGCCCAAGCAGGACUCAGGCAACUUUUUUGUGGUAGACCGCACUACUCUGGUCUUUAGACCUCGAUAAGUUCCUGGAAGCAGCUUCAAGAAGUUAUAAUCGGCCUCGACGUCACGAUACGUAACUGCGAUUAACCUUUUAACAUUCGAUGAAAGCGAACAGUGAUUCUAUUUUCCGUCAGCAGCAGCGCGCGGUUUGAGAACAGAAGCAUGCGUUUCUAUUUCUGCCGUGACUGGAAUCGCAAGCUCCAGCAAUGAUCUGUUCGCUGCUGACAUGCUGUUGCUGAUUUUGAGUCGACUCAAAUGCUGAUCCGCAUUGCUUCGGCGUGAGACACACACUGCUUGAUUUUCAGCUCUCCAAGCCUGGCUAUUCUCAGUGGAAGCUGCCCUUGAUUUUCGUUUACAGUGUAAAAAAUGCCAGAAACGCAAGGCGUGGUAGAUGUGCUGAUAGAGCUGACACAGGAGGUGCAGGAGGUGGAGGAGUCUAUAACGAACAAGGUUCACGAGCUUAUAGCGAGGAUGGAUGCGGUGGAUCGGGUGCAGGAGGCAGAGGAGCAUCUGCAGAGACUGGAGGAGAGUGUCGAGGGAAUCAGAGGGCUCGUGGAAGGCGUGAGAAUGAAACUGACAGAACGAGGAGACAACAAAGAGAUGAUUUUCCUGGCCAAGGGAAAUGCGUUGUGCCACCAGCAACAGGAACAGCAAACGCAGCAGCAACGGCAGCUGCAGCCGCUAGAAUGCCACUGCCAUGUAGUGAAGGCGACUAGGCGGAAUAAUGGUGACAGCUUGAUAGGCGUAAAGAGAAGAAUGAAGGCGAUGGAUGCGCAGCUGUGGCAGCAAGUCGCCAAGGUCCAGAGAAUAGAGAAGGGCUUACAGUCUCUAGCCACAUUCCACAGCACGCAGCUCAUCAAGGGCUUCACCACUCUGGACCUCUCAGCACUCCCCUCGCCCUCCUACCACACCCUCCUCUUCCACCUCCUCACACUCUCCCUCCACCACUCUCCAUCCCUCUCCACCAUCUCCACCGUCAAAGCCUUCCCCUCCAUGACCACUCCAUGCCUGCAGCAAACCAUCUCCCUGCAGCUCCCAGCCCUUAGAAAGCUCGACCUCAGCGGCUGCACCCGCCUUGCAGACUCUGAUCUGCCCCACAUUGCUCGCCUCACCCACCUAUCCCACCUCUGCCUUGCCGGCUGCACAGGCUUUAAGUUCCAUGCAAGUGCAGCAGUCCACCCUGUGACGAGCACUGCAAACCUUCCGACCCUUUCUAACCUCCCAAACCUCAGAAACCUCCCAAACCUUACUACAAACCUUCCAACCCUGGCGAAUCUGACAAACCUGAGGAGGCUGAAUCUCAGCAGGACGCAGGUGGGCGAUCAGGGCAUGGCCCUCUGGUGCCAGCUCACAGGGAUCACCUCACUAGACCUCCGCCACUGCCCCCGCAUCACAUGCCGGUCCAUGUACCACAUUCGCCAGCUGCAGCAGAUACACACUCUCAACCUCGCUUGGGCGGGUUGGGCGGGUGACUCUGCCUCUGCCUCUGCGCCACCCGGUGACCGGUGGGUGAGGGCGCUGGGGCCUAUGGAUGAGCUGGCAUGGCUCAGCCUGUUCGGGUGGCGGCUGACAGACGAAGGCGCGGUGUGUGUUGCCAAGUUCUUUCCGAAUUUGAAGUGCCUGCGCUGCUCUGGUGGUGGUGUUACUGGGGUGUCGAGUGAUGGUGACAGUGUAACGGGUGGUAGCAGUGUAACAAGCGGUAGCAGUCAGGUCUCGACAAGUGGUGGCAGCCUGCUUAUGGCGAGCGGUACUGGCAGUGGGUUGACAAAGGGCGGUGUGAGGAGGAUGGUGAAGAAAUUGCCUCGUUUGGGGGAGAUCUGGCUGCUUGGAGCAACGGAGGAGGUUAGAAAGGUGGUCAGGAAGGAACGGCCGUGGCUUACUAUGCUCUGCUGACCUCUGCUCUGCGGUACUGGUACGGUACUAGUCUUUCUGGCAGUUCAUUAAUGUGUUCUUCUAUACAUGGUCAAUAUUUUCUCCUGCAAACCAAUUCAUUAUGUGCAGUAGAUUUGAUUUCCUGGUUAGGUUUCUCAGAAUAACACAAUGACUAGAAU